UCGCGAGCCAGCCCGCAAGACCUGCUUUCACUAGGCCAAUAACACUAAGAGUAUCGUCGUUGUGUCCCUGUUUAUCUGCAUGUAAUUGAGUAAGAUACAAGAGACGAUACACUCACCUCCGUGACCACGCGGAAAUAACUAGAGUAAGCAUAGGGUAAGUUAGUGAUAAGAUCCCAUCCAUCCCCCCUCCCAACCCCCUUCUUCACCCCCACCCCCAUAGACAGACUGGCUGGAAGCAGCGAGGGAACAGCGAGGACCGACAGCCAGCAUAGCCCGAUCGCCGUGGACCGCCUGAGGGAGGCUGCGUCGCCUAGGCAACGGGACGCGGGAAUGGCAUGGGCAGGAAGAAAGAAACCGACCGAUGGACUCAGCCACGACAGCCUGCACGACCGCCAGCCACCACCGCUGCCAUAUGUCCCCGGUGCAGUCCCGCUGCACGGGUAGUCACUAAGCCCGUGCAGCCAGCGGCAGGGUCCCCUUCCCCCGACCGCUCGGAUACACCGAGGCGACUGACAGGCCCAGGGCGCCGCCAUAUUGCCCGGCGAGCAGCGAGGACCACGAACCGGCCAACCGUGUUCGAGCACCCGCCACACCGCCAAUACCCUGCCAUGCCACACCCGCCGACCAAUGCCGAAGCGCGUAGUCUCUCCGAACUCCAGCCGCCAGCCAACUAGCGAGGCCCCUGUAGCAGCCCAAGAGAAGCAACGGGGACCCGCGCCACGAGGACUUUACUUCGAGCCAGACCGCGAGAAAGCAGAGAGAUAGAGUGCGGAAAAUAACACGUGAGAGCGUGAGAAAGUGUGUGAGAAAGAUACAAGGAGAGAGUGAUAAGAAUAGAGUGAGUGGAUUUAUAGAGUGAGGAACAUAAAAAGUGAGAGCGUGAGAAAGUGUGCGAGAAAGACCAGGAGAGAGCGAGAAAAUUAGAACUUGACUGAAAAAAAAAUCAACUGCAACGGGUGGAGAAAAACGCCCUUCUGAAGAAGCUGAUACAGCGAUGGCGGCCGAACAACAAUCCUGUUCUUGUUUAUGCACAGGUACAUUGAUACUGUUCUAUUAUAUUUGAUUUUGUUUUACUUGAAUACUUAAACGUGUUAUUCUGGAUUUUAGAGCAAGGUAAAAUUAUUAUACGUAUGAUUGCUAGUCUUCAAGUCGAUAUCAAAGGCUUCUAUGAAAAAAUUAAAAAACAAGAACCGAGACCCAAGAACCGAGAACCGAAACAAGAAUGAAGUUAACGCUGAUACGAGGUUGAUAAAACAGUUGCUGCCAUUGAACGACCUAGCUACCAUCGAAAACAUCGAAAAGUUGCUCAUAAGCUCAGAAGAAGCUAAAUUGCAAUUCGUUGCAAGUGUAGUUACAUGGAAAAGAGUAGGACAGAAUUUCGAAAUUUAUGAUCUCUCCGUCGUUGAAAUUAUCAAAGAUUCGGUGUGCAAUAAUUUCUCUGACUAUACAGAAGCAGACUUUGAGCAAACUGUAAAAGAAUGGAUUCGUCUUGGAAAACAACGAAAAGAACGCGAACGCAAAACGUUAGCGAAGGGAUCCAAACCAAGUCCUAUUUUAAAAAAUCAAAAAGUAGGUUUUAGGAAAUUCAAUUACCUUUGGAAUGACGUCGGUUUUUUCGGGACUGGUUGAAAUUUGUUCAGUAAAGGUGGAAUCAUGCAAAUGUAUCAGAGCAUGCACAGAGAAAAUGUAUUACAUGUACUGCCUGUCUUUGAAAUAUAUUUACCGUGUCAAAUA